AUGGGUCGCCUUAGAGAAUACCAGGUCAUUGGCCGUCACUUGCCUUCCGAGGCCAACCCAGCCCCAAAGUUGUACCGCAUGAGAAUCUUUGCACCAAACACCGUUGUUGCAAAGUCUCGUUUCUGGUACUUCUUGAUGAAGUUGAGAAAGGUCAAGAAGGCAAAUGGAGAAAUCGUCAGCUUGAACGAGAUCUCUGAGAAGCGCCCAAUGAAGGUUAAGAACUUCGGUAUCUGGAUCAGAUAUGAUUCCCGCUCCGGAACUCACAACAUGUACAAGGAGUACCGUGAGAUGUCAAGAACCGAUGCUGUUGAGGCCUUGUACCAAGAUAUGGCUGCCAGACAUCGUUCCCGUUUCAGGUCGAUCCACAUCCUCAAGGUUGUUGAGAUCGAGAAGACCGAAGAUGUCAAGCGCCCAUACAUUAAGCAACUCCUCGAAAAGGACCUCAAAUUCCCUCUUCCUCACCGCAUCUCCAAAUCCAUGACCGCCAACCUCUUCGCCUCAAAGAGACCAUCAACUUUCUACUAA